CGAUGAGGAGCUUGCGUUAGUAGUGUAGCGGUCAUCUGCUGAUGAACGGUAGUCCGUGAGCACGCUGCCGUUAGAAGAUGAAGUUCAGGAAGGAGCCGGUGGAGGACUACUAUCAGAUGUGCGAUGACAUCGGCAGUGGACAUUUCGCGACCGUCCGAAAGUGUCAGGACAGGGUCACCGGCCAAGAUUACGCAGCAAAGUACAUUCUGAAGAAGCGGGCGCGUGCGAGUCGGCGCGGCGCGCGAUACGAGGACAUCGUUCGCGAGGUGUCCAUCUUGCAGGACAUGCGGCACGAGAAUGUCAUCAAACUCUACGAUGUGUUCGAGAGCAACACGGACGUCAUCCUCAUACUGGAGCUGGUGACAGGUAAGGAGAGAUCAUGGACAGGAAACGAGAACAUCCGCGAGAUGAUGGGCACGCCAGAGUUUGUCGCGCCGGAGGUCAUCAACUUUGAGCCGCUCUGCUUGAACUCUGACCUCUGGAGUGUUGGCGUUAUCACCUACAUCCUUCUCAGUGGAUGCUCACCGUUCCUAGGAGACAACCGUCAGGAGACGUUCAGUAACAUCUGUGGUGUGCAGUACAACCUCGAGGACUCGUUCUUCGACGGCACGAGCGACCUCGCCAAGGACUUCAUCCGCUCCCUCCUCGUGUGCAACGUCAGGAAGCGCGCGAGCAUCGCCGGCGCCCUCUCUCACGCGUGGAUCGCGCCGCGCGACCGCGCCGCUCACGACCAGGUCGCCGCCUGCGAGAUCAACAUCGAACAUUUCCGCGGAGAGAACGCACGCCAGCGCUGGGCGCACUCGAUGCGAGUCGUCAGCCUCUGCAACCGCAUGUCUCAGGGCCUGCGAUCGCGCGAAGCCAGCUCGGCGAGUCUUACCGAGAUGAGUCGCCGCGGCAACGCCAGCGCGGCGAGUCUCAGCGAGAUGAGUCGCCGCGGCAACGCCAGCGCGGCGAGUCUCAGCGAGAUGAGUCGCCGCGGCAACGCCAGCGCGGCGAGUCUCAAUGAGAUGAGUCGCCGCGGCAACGCCAGCGCAGCGAGCCUCACCGAGAUGAGUCGCCGUGGCAACGCGGACGAGUACGCCAACAAGGGCAACAAUGGCAACACAUGUUGCAAUGGCAACACCGGCAACAACGGCAACACCGGCAACACCGGCAACAAUGGCAACGCCCCCGCGGUGCCGGCAGACGACUUCGUAAUGGCGGCGCUGUUCUGCGCGACGGAGGAGGGAAACGCGGACGACAUCGCGCGUCUGCUCGACCUGACCUCCCGCGGCGACCUCUCCCGCGGCAACAAGCACGGCGAAACCCUCCAGCACGUCGCCGCGGGAGCCGGUCACAUCUCCGUCGUUCGCCUGCUCUCCGAGCGCGGAGCAGCCGUCGCCGCGCUCGACGAGCGCGGAGACAGCGCCCUCUACUGGGCGGCGCGGCAGGGUCAGCGGGAGGCGGUGCAGAUGCUGCGCGAGGAGGCGGGGUUGAGUCUGGACGCGCAGAAUCGUGUCGGGGAGACGGCGUUGCACGUCGCGGCGCGGUACGGACACGCGGGGGUCGUCGAGUACCUGUGCGAGCGGGAGGCUGAUCUCGAUCUGCCGGACGAUGCCGGGGAGAUGGCGCUUCAUAUAGCCGUGUGGCAUGGCUUUAUGUGUAUCGUGCAG